UCACAUGCAUCACAGCCACAAAUGAGGAGGACACAUCUGUGACAGAUUACUUCACCCAGUGUAUAGUUCUCACUUUGUGUUAGGAAGAAAUCUCCCUAAAAGCAGCGAGACUACACCUGGGCAAACCCUGCUGUGACACACAGAUGCAUAGCCUGUCCAGGAGACAAAAUGCAUUGACGUCACUUCCGCCACCCUGAGCAGCGUCCUGACUCUGUCUCCAGCGAUCAGUUAUGUAUUACAGGGAACCCUCUCCACUCAUUUGGCAGCACUGCCGGGACAUCGUUACUCAUAUCCACGCAGCCUCCUAAGGUGACUGCACAUAUAGACUGUCUGGUUCCAGGUCUGAGCGAGGGUCUUACAUGGAAAUUAACCCUUUGCAUGCUUACAUCUGCUAACAGGAUUCACCAGAUUUCUCAGCAUGAAAUAAAUGAUUUUGAUCCAAAUACACCGGACAUGAUCAAGACAAUAGGAAAAUUCCAUAAAGAUCCAAAAACACUGAACAUGAUCGAUGAGACAGCAAAAUCCCAUUCAGGAGAUACAGAUGCCAGACACCAGAAAAGAAGUACCUUGAGCAACAUUAUUGAAGUAAACAAAGGUUACAACUUAACAGUACAUGACGGAGAUAUACUUAUGAAAACUGGACGCAGCGCCACCAACUGUACAAAUUGCCUGUGGCCUAAAUCUGCAGAUGGGACUGUCCCUGUUCCGUACAACUUAUCUUCUGUUUAUAAUGCCAAUCAAGUCAACUUAUUUAAAACUGCUAUGGAGGAGAUUGAGACACUGACAUGUGUGAGGUUUGUACCUCGGACAACAGAGAAGGAUUAUAUCAACAUUAUCUCAGGAAAUGGCUGUGCAUCAUUUGUCGGACGACUAGGUGGAGGUCAGAUGGUUGGGUUAUCCACUGCUGGCUGCAUGUAUAGAGGGAUUAUUGAACAUGAGCUAGAUCAUGCCCUGGGAUUUUACCAUGAGCAUAUGAGAAGUGACCGCGAUAACUAUAUCAACGUCAAUUUCCAGUAUAUCUCACCAGGUGAAGUAGGAAAUUUUCAAAAGGCAAAAACUAAUAACCUGGGUCUGGAGUAUGAUUAUGGCUCAGUGAUGCAUUAUGGCAACUAUGACUUCUCUAAUACUUCAAACCAACCGACCCUUGUACCCAAGCCUGAUCCAACUGUGCCCAUCGGCCAGAGAGCUGGACUGAGUAUCUUGGACAUUUCUAAAAUAAACCGUCUCUACCAGUGCAAUGUCUGUGCUUAUUUGCUUAAUGCUCAGAAUGGAACCAUGACCUCAGCCAACUAUCCCUCAGCCUAUCCCAGUAAUGCCGACUGUGUCUGGUUGAUCAGGUCCCCAUCUGGACAGGCUACCCUGAGUUUUAGUGCCUUUGAUGUCCAGUCCUCACCUGAUUGUACAUCUGACUACAUCAGGAUUUAUGAUGGUCCCAGUACGACAUCUCCCGUGUUGCUGGACAAAACGUGUGGGACUGGCCUGAUCCCUCUAAUCGUUGCUUCCACUAACCAGAUGCUGGUAGAGUUUACCAGUGACAGCAGUGUUACCGGGGUUGGCUUCAAAGCUUCAUAUAGCUCAGUACAAUGUGGAGGAAAUUUCUUUGGCGUUGAAGGAAACUUCACAUCUCCUGGAUACCCGACUGCAUAUAAUCCAAAUAUGGAUUGUACCUUCAACAUCACAGCUCCUGUUGGAUAUCGGAUAUCACUGAGUGUAAGUGAUUUUCAGCUUGAGUAUUCCCAGUACUGCUUGUGUGACUAUAUGGAGGUCUUGGAUCACUCUGAUGUGUACGGUCCAUUCUGUGGUACUAAAAAUAUUCCUUACAUAACCUCCUCUGGGAAUACCCUGGCAGUGGUAUUCCAUAGUGAUAGGAUGAAUCAGAUGAAAGGAUUCCUGGCUUCAUUCAAUUUCAUAUAACUGAGACAUAUUACACACUGGGGUUAUAUAUUGUAGCAAGAAGAAUCCCUAAAUGUGGAAAUCAUAUGACAUCACAGGAACAACAUCCACAGUAUAAUCACAUUUCUAUAUGGGGUUCAGCAAAUCUGCCUUAUUCUUGAAAACCAAUGUCAAAUGAGAACCAUAAAUAACAACACUAUAAUUUCUAUACAAAAUAGAGUUUAGUCAUUAAAUAGGAAAUUUUCUUAGAAUUUCUGUCUUACAAUGAAUUUGAUUGCAUUGUAUUUAUGAGUAACAGGAAGAGUAAUGACAGUAGAAUGUAGAAUUAAUAAAAUCUAUG